UUCCAGGAGUUCCUGACAUCCCCUGCUGCCCUGAGCUCCAUUCUGUAGCCAGCCCUUCCUGGGUGCCUGCAGCAGCAGUGUGGUGGGAAAUCACCUCUGCCCUCAAGCCAGCCCAGACUGUCCACAGCCAAAUGGGCCAGUGGGACCUGUGGGGCAGGAGGGGCUGGAGCUGAGGUGUAAAUUUACAGAGUGGCUGCAAAAGGCCACUGCCAUGUCAGACAGUCCCCAGGCACAGGGACAAGACCCUAAUACGAUUAAGAGGCUGAUUCACCUGCUGUUAUUCCUUUGCUGUUGUGCCCAUCUGAAGGUAUUUAGAGGUUAAAGAGCUGCUGUGGGGAUAAAACCAACCAUUAGAGGGAUCAGUACAGGGGAGCGGCAUGGAGUGGGCCUGUCUGAAUGGAAAUUACUUCUGCCUCUCUUUCUCCUGUUUCCUCUGCCUUCCUCCUUCCCCCUCAGCUCUUUAUGGCCAUCAUUACUUAUCCAUGAAAAGUCAUCUUGCUCCCACACCAGUAAAACCCAGUAAAACCACCAGUAAACAGUAAAAACACCAGUAAAACCAGGCCCUGAUGGGUCACAGCGUAGGUCCAGGCUUGCAGGCUUCUCACCACAAGCCAUAUCUCUGCCUGUUUCAACUGGCUCCAAAAACCCAGCAUUUAUUAACCACAUUUUAAAAAUACUAUUAAUGCUGCAGUCAACACUCCCCUCCAGCCUGUUUUUGAUGUUGUGCUGCGUGUCCCAGCUCACCCUCCUGCUGCCCCUCCCUGAGCAUUCCCCUGCUGCUGGUUCAGAUGCAGCAGAGAAGCAUCAUUAUCUUUUCCCUUUUCAAGCUUGGCCUUGCAGAGCUGAAAUGAAUCUCCUAUCAGAGGCGAGGCGAGUGCAUUGCUAAGAUCAGCCCCAGAUGCAGCCUGGGUUUAAUUUCAAUGGCAGGCAAUUCAGGCUGCAGAGAGGUAAUAAAUGCAGAGGCCACUGAGGCCGUUUAUUGUCAUCCCCAGCUGGGUGAGCAGAUGCUGCCUCAGAAUGGGAAUGCCUGCCUGGGAAUUCAGGGCUGCUCUACUCCAUCACACUCCUUGUAGCUCUGUAGAGUGAAUUUGUCACCUUCUGGAGUGCCCAGAUCUGCUGAGAAGCAGGGGUGUGCCGUGUGUCUGCUCUGCAGCCACCAUGGUGCACUGGUCAGCCGAGGAGAAGCAGCUCAUCACCAGCGUGUGGGCCAAGGUCAGCGUGGAGGAAUGCGGCGCCGAGGCCCUGGCCAGGCUGCUGAUCGUCUACCCCUGGACCCAGAGGUUCUUCUCUGACUUCGGGAACCUGUCCAGCCCCACGGCCAUCAUCGGCAACCCCAAGGUGCGUGCCCAUGGCAAGAAGGUGCUGACCUCCUUCGGGGAGGCCAUCAAGAACCUGGACAACCUCAAGGGCACCUACUCCAAGCUGUCGGAGCUGCACUGUGACAAGCUGCACGUGGACCCCGAGAACUUCAGGCUCCUGGGUGACAUCCUGGUCAUCGUCCUGGCUGCCCACUUCACCAAGGACUUCACUCCUGCCUGCCAGGCCACGUGGCAGAAGCUGGUGGGGCUGGUGGCCCACGCCCUGGCCCGCAAGUACCACUGAGGCCUCGGGAGGCACCCGUGUCUGUAACGGGCAAUAAAAACCUCAUUUUCUGGA